CCCUAUGCAGCUGCUUGUCAACAAGAUGGCCUUCCUCCUCUAGCCGUUUUGACACUGAUUAUUUUGGUAUCCCGAGAACAUACCGUAAAAGCUUCUGUCAGUUCCAAAUAGAUAGUGGGGGAGCGAUUAUUAAAAGUCCUAACAAGGCGCAGAGUCAACUAGUCUGUGUUCAGAGAACUGACAGGCACACAAGCAACGAUAUCGGCCACCACAAGACAAGGUUGAUAAUUGAAAGUUGCUUUAGGCUAAUGUCGACGUUAGCCUGCUAGUAAGCUAGUUUAGCUACGUGGACUCGGAUACUCAACUCGUGUCACCUGCAUUUCACCAAACAGACUGGUUUGGUCAGAAGAAAACACAGAGAAGAAAAUACUCCUUUGUAAUCGUCGGAAAAUCUAGAGGAUUGGCUGUGACACCGCUAAGGUGUUUGCCCAGUGCUGGUGGUGAGCCUCGCGUUUGUGUCGAUCGGGCUGGCACGUAAACCAGGAGCGCAAGAUGAGAGCUUUUGGCGUUUGCUGGCCAGCGUAGAUGCAGAUAUGUCUCGGUGUUCUCCAUCCUGAUGGACCGAGACACCUUCUCCCACAUCCGGCUGUGGUGCCCACGCCCGUUUGGCACCUACUCCCAGAACAAAGCCAGGAGUCCGGGCUCAGGGGGAAGCGGCGGGGGUCACGGUGGCGCAGGGCCCCCCUCGCUUUGCAAGUCGGAGCCGUCUCAAGGAGCAAGAAGGACAACAGAUGAAAGCGAAGAUGUAGGCAUGAUUGUCGGGGUGCAGGAGGGCGAUGGGGAAGAGGAGGAUGUAGGCUCAGAGAACACUCCACCUGAACCUGAGCACGACUCCAGCUCCCUGUCAAGGAGCCAGACCCCUCAACCCCCUUCAGCUCCUCCCUCGCCACCCACUUCAGGCUCCCAGAUGGAAGACGGGCGUGUGCUGCUAGACACCUGGUAUGUCAUAAAGCCGGGCAACACCAAGGAGAAGAUCGCCUUCUUCGUUGCGCACCAGUUCAGCGGAGCUGGUCAGCCCAGACCAAGCGCCAUGAAGGUUAAAGGUAACUGGGCAACCGACUGCAGUAAGGCCAAAAGACGAAGACGGUGCUCAUCUUACGACCCUCCGACACGCUCCCACACCGUCAGUCAGGACACCUCCCUCGCACCUCCCAGCCCCGACGAUCCUCAGCUGGGAGGUGUGAGUGAAACUGACCUGCUCUCUGUGGCAGAGAUGGUUGCUUUGGUUGAGCAGAGGACUGCCAUGGCCCUGCAGGGGAUUGUGGCUGCUCACGGCAACCAGCACCAUCAUCAACCCUCCACUACUACUCACAGCCCAGGCCUUACCUCCAACCAGCAUACUUUACUCCGAGGCACAGCGUCAGAUCCCUCGCCUUUAGUGUUUGUGUCAAACAGUUCAAAUGGUCAGCCCUCCAAAGAGGAUGAGAAGCCAUCAUCUCCAAUCCAGACAGACCAGGAACUUGAGGAGCAACAAGAGUCAUUCAAGGUAGCGCAGGCCAUUGCACACUUUGAGUCUCAGAACCUAGAGAACCGUCUCCAUCUUGGUGCUGGUCCGGGAAUCCCGUCCUCUAAUGGAGACAAAGACGGGGAGUGCAGGAGAGGAGGGGAGUCUGACACUGUAUCGUCACCUCCACCAACAAACCACAGUCACGGGGAGGUCAGGAUAGCUUUCCGAGUAUCAAAUCUGGACCCGCGUUCACAGCUGGAACCAGCUGGCCGGUCCCGGUGUAUGUUUAUGAGCUGUGGCGGUGGGAGCAAUCAAGCAGCAGCCAGGGCCAAAGAGAAAAUCACCUGUGACCUGUACCAGCUCGUAAGCCCGUCAUCCCGAGACCCCAGCAGCCUGCUGAUCGCCGCCACAGCCGCCGCUCCCAAACCAGAUGGGGACUUCCAUCACUCAGACAGGCCCGCCUGCAGCAGCCCAGAUCCAGGCAAGGAUCUCACGUCUGGGGAGAAAAAGGGCGCGGGCGUGGGGAGGGAGCGGGUGACCGGUUUCCAUGUGGAGGUGGUUGUGACCGGUGCUGUGGACCAAUGCGUUUUUUAUGGCAAAGAUAGCACCGAGAACGUGCAGGAGGAGACUGUGUGCUUUGCCGUGCCUAGCGGGGGAGGUGGCGGCGGAGGAGUCGGAAGCUCCACCGACUCCUCAUCAGACGACCCCCCUCCAGGACAACUCUUUUUCUUUCAGCAACAUCGGGGACCAGAGGCAGACGUAAAAGCAAAAGCCACCGGGUCAGGAAUUUGCUCUUUGGACUGUGCCAACAACAACAGUCCCGGGGCCGGGGUGGCGGUAGGUUCUGGGGAGCGGGCGACGCGGCCAGACUCUCCAGGCGUCGGGGAGGACUGCUCGGACCCCUCGCUGUGCCGCCUCUACCGCCACGUGUCCCACGACUUCCUGGAGAUCCGCUUCCAGAUCCAGCGCCUCCUGGAGCCCCGCCAGUACAUGCUACUGCUCCCCGACCACAUCAUGGUCAACAUAUUCGGCUACCUGCCCACGCGGUCCUUAGCGGCCCUGAAGUGCACCUGUCACUACUUCAAGGCGCUGAUCGAGACCUACGGGGUGCGCGCGGUGGACUCCCGCUGGAACCAGGACCCCCUCUACCGGGACGACCCCUGCAAGCAGUGCAAGCGGCAGUACGAGCGCGGAGACGUGUCCUUGUGCCGCUGGCACCCCAAACCUUACCACCACGACCUGCCUUACGGACGCUCCUACUGGAUGUGCUGCCGACGCACGGACAAAGACACUCCCGGCUGCCGCGUCGGGCUCCACGACAACAACUGGGUCCAGCAACCCGCCGACGGCUCACAGCCCGUUCGCGGCAAGAGGGAGGAGAGGAGGGAGGAGGCCAGGUAGAGAGGAGCGAGUACUCCUCUCAAACCUACUCUCAUCUCAUUCAGCGCACCUCCUUCCUCUCCCGUCUCUGGUUCUCCGGACAGAGAAACGGAGAGACUACAAGGAGGAACCAAUGCUCCAGACUUUUCUUCCUCGCGUCGAUCCUUCUUUCUCUUACCUGCCUCAGCAUAGGGUGAUUGAGAGGUAAAGAAGGACUAGAGGUGUGUCACACUCCUUUGCCUUUAUUUCUUUUUCCCCCGAGCCCUCCAGAAUCCCUCUCUCCCCUGCUGUGCACCACAGUGGCUUCUUCUAAAAGUUUGCGUACCAGGGUUGGGGUCCUCUCCUGCUGCUGUCAUUCAGUCCUCUCCUCCGUCUCUUCAAUCGCUGUCUAAUUAUGUACACGGAUGUCGCAGUAGGCAAUUCAUGUGAAAACAUUGCAGUGUAAUUCAUUGAGAUUAGCAUUCCUAAAACGAUGCAUAGAAAUGUAAAGCCUGCUUACUACUCCACUUUUCCUGUUCUGUGUGGUGUCACGAAUCUCCAUGUUAGCUGUGCUGUGGUGCUUCGAGGAAUGCGAGUCCGGCGGAAGUAAAACUUUUUCAGUGACGGAAUGUUCAGAGUUACAAUAGAAAUGUGAUUGUAAAAAGCAAACUUGAUUUAUUUUUUUGGUUUCCAUUGUAAAAGAUGCCAUUCUUUCCCGCCCUGCGCCGUGCGUUUCUGUUUUUCUGGAAUGUUCUGUAAUAUACCUUGUCGGUCAGUCCCCUGAUGAUGCUGCUGAAAUCAUUGCUCGCGUCACUGAUGUUAAUUCUGCAACAGCCAUGCCCUAGGUUGAGGAUGGGCAUGGUCUCACUGAGAGCCCGCUCCAAGUUUCAGAGCGGACCCUAACCUUGCUGACCAGCCAUAAAGAGGAGCCACUGAGUACUUUCUGGUUUACAGAGAAUUAUGGGAGAUGGACUUGAAAGGGAUUAAAAAGAGAAACUUGAUGUCACUUUGGAAAGGCCUGAUGUCACUUUGUAUGGUUUGAUUGAUUUUUUUUUUUCUUGUUUGCCAUUAUUAUAUUAUCUUUUUCUUUUUGUUUAGCUGUUUUUAUUGGGUUGUGUGUCAGAAUGUUUGCUGUUGUAUUUGCUAUUAUUCUUAUGGACUGUGUUCUCUUUGUAUCGGUCUGUCACCCCUCUCAACCCUCAAAAAUGUUUGCUGUUGUUUCUGUUUGUUUUUUUAAAAUCUUCCAUCUGUUUUAACCCCCAGCUCUCUCCCCUUUCCUCCAUCCCCAUCGUCCUCCGAUCAGGCCGAGGGCAGUGUUUGCCAAAGCCGCCGUUCGUGCUUUUCAAGCGAAUGAAAUGAUCCCCCACAGUCAACAGAAACUCUAUACACCAGCUUCCAGCCUUAAAAGCCCCCCUACCUCUUACCCACCCUGCAGGAGACAGAGGCAUCAGAUACCUCGCAGAUUAGAAAGAGUAUUGGGAGUCUCACAAGUUGGUAGGUUGUCAGAUGCUUCACGCACUCAAUCCAGCUUCACUGGAUCCACCCAAAAGCUUCUAGUGUGGGAGUGCAAGAUGAACAGUGCCUGGUGCCUGACUCUUUCUUUUUCUGUCCUCCCCUCCUGUUCCUCUCACUUUUACACUCCCCGACCGUUGCAAGCUGACAGACUGGACACCGAGAGACUAAUGUGUUGAAUGACGUGAAAACUCUGCAUGGAGAUGGGGAAGAGGGUCGGGUAGAAAUGGGAGACCUCUGUAGGUUGCAGAUGUGUAAAUGCUAAUGGGAAAAUAUCUGCUUAAAUAAAAACAAGUGAUGAUUAAAACUGGAAAUCUGAAUCCCGGA